GGGGAAUCAGGAAAGUGGGGCAGCCCAUUCUGCUCUGCCUGGAGCCAGCAAGCCAGGCUGCCCGCUCGGUCCCACGGGGGACUCCUCGGGAGCUUUGCAGGGCGGCUUUGGGCGGGCAGGACACGAAUCACCCAGAGGAGCCGAUUCGAAACUGUCCCAGCAGAGCGGCUUGAAUUCAGGGGCCCUGGGCGAGACUAGAAGACCUCCAGGGUCCCUCCGGCCCUACGGUUCCAUUCAUUCUGCAGCUCUGGGGGUCGUUCCAGCGCUCCGCUCAUUCUGGCCCCCUCCCCAGCCCCGCCGCUCUUCUGACUCCUUGACUGCAAGCCCGGGGAAGAGCCGGAGCCAAUCCAGCCCGCCGAUCUCGGCGUGGCCCCCUUUUCUCGCCUGGGGAGCCUGAGCCCCCCCCCCGAGAGCCCCCCAAGUGCCUGGACGACCCCCGCGGGCUCCAGAGGCGGGCGGGGAGCCACGUGCAAAGCGCCGCUGGGCGGGGCGAAGGGCGGAGCCGGCUCUCGGCCACGCCCCUCUCGCGCGGGGCAGGCCGGGAGUGGCGGAGCGCGCCUCAUCCCGAUUGGCCCGGCGGGGCGCGCGCCAAGUUUGAACCGCCGCCGCCGCCGCCUUCCUCCCUCCGGCUCCACUCCCGCCAUGGCGCCCGGCAAGAAGAGGCCGACGGCCCGGGGCGCCCCGAAGGCCUCGGCGCUGGACAAGCGGCUGAACGCCUUCCUGAAGGACUUCGACCGCGAGGUGCGAGCCCGGCUGGCGCAGGGGCAGGUGGCGGGCGAGAGCCUGAAGAAGAACGCGGAGAAGCUGAGCAACAUGGAGGUGCUGCGGCUGCCGCUUCCGCUGCGCAAGAUGAAAUGGCCGGCCUUCCUGGCCCUCGGAAGCAGCGACAAGGCCAUGGAGCGGGUGGCCUCGAGCGAGGUGGACAUCUCGGAGAUUACCCUGCUGGCCUCCAGGGCCAUCCGGACGCCCUUCCGGACCGCUAAGAAAGCCAAGCAGGCCAUCGAGACCAUCAAUGAAGAGAUGGAGGCGUCUCUGCUGCCCGCAGGCAAGAAAUCCAGGCAGGAGAACCAGGCGGCUGUGGAUCCAGAGGUGGCACCCCAGAAGCCGGAGAAGGUUCAAACCUCAACCAAAAGGCCUCCAAAUUCCAAGAGGGCCCGGCCCCCUUCAUCCCGAGCCAAGAAUUUCCGAAAAAGGCUCAGCAAAGUGAACCCCAUCACUCCAGCCAGCCAAGGGAACCCCACAAAAGCUGCCACACCUCUGUUCACACCUGCUGGCAAGUUUGACUCCAGCGUUUUCAGGACACCCGGCCUGCGGGCCCCUGCUGCCCACGAGCGGGUCUUCAGCAUCUCUAUGAACGGCAGCCCCCUGGCAGACAGGAGCGAAGUCUCCCUCAUGGUGCCCCUGGGCGGAGGAGAGAACUUCCGGAUCAGGGCCAGCGAGCUCUCGGAGAGGGACCUGAAGGGGCUGAGCGCACAAGCCCUGUGCAGCGUGAAGAAGCUGUCGAGUCAACUUGAGUACUUGUGUAGCAGGCUGGGCAGCCAUAAGUAAAGAGGCUUUCGAUCAGCUGGCUGUCGCUUCAGUCCUGGCCUGGGAAAGGGAAGGGAAGAUGUGGCUCAAGGAUGUCCUCCAAAGGCUGCAGGGGGCAGGAGCUGGACCUCUGAGGAUCUCCGCCUACUCUGUGUGUCCUGCAGAACCCCCCUUGUGUUGCUCUCUUUGGGGAGGCCCUCUGUUUGAAAGGGCUUACAUUUUGUCUGAGGCAGGGAGGGCCCCAGGUCACUUCCUGCUUCUCUCAGUUACCCCCGUGGGUGGGUGGGGGAGGGUGGCAGGCGUAAGAGCAGGACCUGGGCCCUUCACAGCUGGAUGAAUGCCGGCUGUUUUCUCUCUCUCCAGGGGGGUCUUUCCUUUCCCAGCCCUUGUGUGGCUUUCUAUUUAUUUUCCAUGGGGUGGAAAUGGGACACCAUUUAGGUAUUAUUUUUGUAUUUUACAAUAAAGUUUGUUGUCAUCUUC